AACAAUGACAACGAUGACAACAGUGACAAUAGUGAAAACGAUGACAACGGUGACAAUCAUAAUAACAGUGACAACGAUGACAACGUUGACAAGAGUGACAACAACGACAACGGUGACAACAGUGACAACAGUGACAACGGUGAGAACAGUGAAAACAGUGACAACGGUGACAACAAUGACAACGGUGACAACAAUGACAACGGUCACAACAGUAACAACAGUGACAACGAUGACAACGGUGACAACGAUGACAACGGUGACAACAGUAACAAAGGUGACAACAGUGACAACGGUGACAACAAUGACAACGGUGACAACAGUAACAACAGUGACAACGAUGACAACGGUGACAAAGAUGACAAUAGUGACAAUGGUGACAAGAGUGACAACGGUGACAACAGUGACAUUGAUGACAACUGUGGCAACGAAGACAACUGUGAAAACGGUGAUAACGAUGACAACGGUGACAACAGUUACAACAGUGAAAACAAUGACAACGGUGACAGCGGUGACAACGAUCACACAGUGACAACGAUCACAACGGUGACAACGAUCACAACGGUGACAACCAUGACAUCGGUGACAACGAUGAAAACGGUGACAACAGAGACAACAGUAAAAACGAUUACAACGGUGAUAACGAUGACAACGGUGACAAUGGUGACAACAGUGACAACAGUGACAACGGUGAAAAAGGUGACAACAAUGACAACAGUGAAAACGAUGACAAUGGUGACAACGAUAAAAACAGUGACAACCGUGACAACGGUGACAACAGUGACAACGAUGACAACGGUGACAACGGUGACAACGAUGACAACGGUGACAACGGUGACAACGAUGACAACAGUGAAAACGAUGACAACGGUGACAACAGCGACAACGAUGACAACGGUGACAACAGUGAAAACGAUGACAACGAUGUCAACGGUGACAACGGUGACAACGGUGACAACAGUGACAAUGAUGACAACAGUGACAACGGUGAUGACAGUGACAAGGGUGACAACGAU